AUGGCGAAGAGAGGAAUUGAUCCAGUGGAUAGCCAGACAAUUUGUCACAGGGCAGAAAUUGCUAUCACGAGAGGGCAUAAAUUCAAGGUGUUUGGUGGAAAGUUUAGGCGAGCUUUCAGAAUCAAUUUAGUGACAAUUGCAAUCUUGGCCCGGGGAAAAUGUGGAAUCUCCACCUGCACAACUCGCUACCUUCUGGCUAUUGCAACAGUAGAUAUUUUGGUCGUUACCUUUGAGAUCAUACUGAGCAAAAUCAAGAACGAUUACUUCCCACCAUCGUUCCUGGACAUCACUCCCAUGUGUAGUGUUCGCUAUGUAUUGCGUCGUGCCAUUAUACACUGUUCUGUCUGGUUCACUAUUGCUUUCACCUUCGAUCGAUAUGUCACCAUUUGUUGUGAGAAACUCAAAGCUAAAUACUGCAAUGAGAAAACUGCAACUGUGGUUUCGGCAGCUAUCGGUAGUCUGCUGUGUUUAAAAAAUAUCCCGAUCUACUUUAGGUUUGAACCUUAUGAAAUCAUUAACAAUGUACCAUGGUACUGUUCAAAUAGAGAUGCAUACAGUGAUGACCCUGUGUGGCAAGGAUUUAACAACUUUGAGAAGAUCCUAACCCCAAUACUUCCAUUUGGUUUAAUUUUGUUCCUCAAUGCUCUGACAGUGAAACACAUUAUAGUCACCAAUCGUUUCCCCCAGGGUCUGAAAGGUCAGAGUAAAGGAGAUAAAUGCAGUGAUCCAGAGAUGGAGAGUAGAAGGCAGUGUAUGGUUUUACUAUUUGCCAUUUCUGGCAGCUUCAUAUUUAUGUGGCUGUGGUAUAUUUUAUAUUACUUUGAUGUUGAUGAGAUUUUAGAUAGUGAUGGUCAAUAUACAUUUAAAGUUGUUGCAUAUGUGCUGCGGAAUUUGAAUUGCUGCACGAACGCCAUUGUCUAUGUGGCAUCUCUUCCGAGGUUUCGAGAGAAGCUCAAGAACCCACUGGAAGCUAUUUUUACAUAA